CCAGCCUCCCGAGUCGGAUUGAGGGUAUAAACUUUACGCACAGAGUUUCCCUGAGACGCACAGGAGCGCAGCCGGACCAGGGAGCACAGGCUGAAAGACGCCAAAUUCCUUCCUGUCUGGGAUAAAGUCUAAUGUGCAGAGACAUUGGAGGAAUUGAGAUUUCAUUAACUUUCUGAGCAAAAUGAACAUUCAGAGGGCAACAUUGUUUUUCUGUCUGUGGAUGCUGUGUGUGGACAUGUGUCUAUGCCAGACAGACUGCUCAGGCUUAGAGUGCCCCGUCCUGCAGAACUGCAUUGAAACAGCUCUAGAAGACGGUGCCUGCUGCCCCAAAUGCACACGAAGGGGCUGCACCUGUGAGGGCUACCAGCACUAUGACUGUAUUCAAGCAGGCUUCCAGAAUGGGAAAGUCCCAGAGGGGGAGUCUUACUUUGUGGAUUUCGGAAGCACUGAAUGCUCCUGUCCACGUGGAGGUGGGAGCAUAAACUGCCGUUUUAUUCCGUGCCCUGAAAUCCCCCCCAACUGCAUUGAGAUUUCACGACCUGCAGAUGGAUGUAUGCAGUGUGCACGCAUUGGUUGUACCUAUGACAACAAUAAGUAUGAGGCAGGACACUCCUUUCAGGUUGGCCACUGCAGAGUCUGCCACUGUCCAAAUGAUGGCGGCAGGUUAAUGUGCUCCCCCAUCCCGGGCUGUGAGCUCCGUAGUUUCAAAAAGCCAAUGUGGGCAACAACCACAGAGAAUAACAGCCCUUUGAGAGACAAUAGCGGCGGUCCUGACUCCCAACAACUCAAUCUCGAAGAAGAAUUUUCCAAGCUGGCACUGGAAAACACUCUUCCUCUGUAUAAGCCUGAUCCAUCCACUGAAGACUCACGGGUGGAACCGACAUACUCGUCAAUUAAAAAUCUGGCCCAAGCGUUUGAAUUUACCACAGUACCUCCAACCUACCCAGAGUCGAGCUCUCUUGCCAUCAUCUCUGGGGAUGACAGGAGAUCUGAGCUGACAGAAAGUCAAAAUGCCCCAGACCCAGUGAGGAACAGAAAGGAAAAGGUCAAUCAAAGCGUAGAUCCACCCCCCACAGGGCCUUAUGGGAAAGCAUCAAGCUCAUUAACAAGUACCGAUACACAGAGAGAAACUAUGGAGAACAACGGGCUGCUACAGGGAGUUGAAGAAAGGACCAUGGGGCAUCAUGGUAACGGACACAAAGUGAUGCAGCAGACUGUAAAAGACACAGCAUACAGCCCCCGCGCCAGUACAGGGCUCCAGCGCAGAGCUCCUUUCAAGCUGAAGGAGGAUGGGGAGGAGCCUCAAAGACAACCUCAAACCCUCUACAACUACCAGUCUCAAGAUAUGAAGGAAGUCACAGAAGUGUCUGCCAAAGAGCUGGUGACGACCUGCUGUGAGACAGGGCAGAAAUGGGCUUCUGUAAAUGGCCACUGCAACAACAUGGAACUCCCCACAACAGAUCGCCACAGCGUUUGCUGGACUGCCCAACAACAGUGCUGUCUCGGUUCCCUGAGAGAAAGCCGGUGCUUGGCUGGAAUUACUGCAGCCAGAGCGGGAAAUGUGUGUGGAGAGGAUGACAGCAGCAAAUGUGGGAUUGAUUCCUACAAGGCAAGUGAGCUGGAGUGUUGUGGGUGCUGCUUUCUUGGGCUUCAGUUCCACAAAGAGGGGCAUCACUGUGAAGCCCACCAGUACCUGGGUUUCCACUGCCAACACAUCUUUCUCACAUGCUGUGAGGGGGGGGAGAGGAGGGAGAACACAGUCAGAGAGAGGCCUGCUCUGGAUUCCACUCCACCUCCGAGAAAAGUGUCGGACGGCCUGUACCCUAAAGAGGCCUUCUCCAUCGGUGAGGCGCAGGAUGGGGAGAAUGCUGUGGAGGGCCCUGUUGAGGUGGAAGACAUGGAUGAGUGCCUGAUAUAUGAGGGCAACAUCUGCCACCACAGAUGCAUCAACACGCCCGGCUCCUUCCGGUGUGAGUGCUUCCCCGGCUAUGUGCUGCAGGAGGACGCUUUCACUUGUGCUCAGGAGCUGGUGGAUGAGGGGAACAUACUGAAGGAGGAUGGCGGAGAGGCCACCUCGCCGUUCCCGCCGGCGGUCCUGCUCAACCCCUGUGAAGGCUCCAGCAUCUGUGAGCAACAGUGCACCCCGGUGGAUGGAAGGCCAAUGUGCUCAUGCUCACCAGGAUUCUCCCUUAGAAAUGAUGGGCGCUCCUGUGAAGAUAUAAAUGAGUGUUUGUCUGCACACGCCUGCCAGUUCAAUGAGCGUUGCAUGAAUACUGAAGGGAGUUUUGUCUGUCAGAGACUGAUCACCUGUCCCCCUGGAUUCCAGAUCAACAAUGACAUUUGUGAAGACACCAAUGAGUGCGAGCAAGGAAGCCAUAACUGUGGAGUUGGCUUUGAUUGUGUGAACACGGAGGGUUCAUUCAGGUGCAGACCCAAACCUCAGUGUCCUGUUGGCUUCAACCAGGACACACAAGGCAACUGCGCAGACAUUGAUGAGUGUGGUGCUCUGACCCAGCCUUGCGGUCCAGGUUAUAACUGCGUCAACACGGCAGGAUCCUACAUGUGCAACAGGAGGAUAAUAUGCAGCAGGGGCUAUCACGCCAGUCCCGAUGGAUCCAGAUGUGUUGAUGUCAAUGAAUGUGAGGGCAGUCUGCAUCAGUGUGGAGAAGGCCAGCUGUGUCAGAAUCUGCCAGGUUCCUAUCGCUGUGAAUGCCAGACUGGCUACCAGUAUGACUCCUUCAGGAGGAUGUGUGUGGAUGUAAACGAGUGUUGGCGCUACCCGGGCCGCCUGUGUGCCCAGAUCUGCGAGAACACCCUGGGCUCCUACCAAUGCUCGUGCACCUCUGGUUUCCGCUUAUCUAGCGAUGGCAAGAACUGUGAAGAUGUGAAUGAGUGCCUGGCCAGCCCAUGCAGUCAGGAAUGUGCCAACAUCUACGGUUCGUACCAGUGCUACUGCAGAAAAGGCUACCACCUCAGGGAGGAUGGGCACACCUGUGAAGACAUCGACGAGUGCUCCCAGACCAUCGGCCAUCUGUGUACCUACAAGUGUGUGAAUGUUCCGGGCAGCUACGAGUGUGCCUGCCCUGAAUUUGGAUACACCAUGUCUCCAAACGGACGAUCUUGCAGAGAUAUUGACGAGUGUGGCACAGGAGCUCAUAACUGCUCUUUAGCUGAGACAUGCUACAACAUCCAAGGAGGAUACCGGUGCCUGUCUUUGAGCUGUCCACCAAACUACCGCAAAUUUUCCAACACGCGCUGUGAGCGGAUCAGCUGUCCCAACCACCUGGAAUGUCAAAACUCCCCUCUAAGAAUCGACUACUACUACCUCAGCUUCCAAUCCAACAUUGUCAUCCCUGCGCAGAUCUUCCGCAUCGGCCCCUCUCCAGCCUACUCCGGAGAUAACGUCAUCGUGACCAUCACGGAGGGAAACGAGGACAGCUACUUCAGCACCAGAAAGCUGAACGCCUACACGGGCGCUGUGUACCUACAGCGGCAGGUGGAGGGUCCCAGAGAUUUCCUCAUCACUGUAGAGAUGAAGCUUUGGAGGCAGGGGUCAUUUACCACUUUCCAAGCCAAGAUCUACGUUUUCAUCACGCCCAGUUCGCUCUAACGGCCGCUGGGCUGUGGCCAGUACGGCCCCGAGCACAGCUGAUGAGGACUUUUCCUGUCACAGUGUAACUACGCCGCUGUCUGAACAGCUAAUCCUGCUCUCAUGACCGGAUGCUGAUAUUAAAACACUGGUGUUUGAGAAACGGAGAGGCUGGCUGCUUUCUGUUACUUUUCACUGGGAUUGCAUGGAAAUCAUGUAAUAUGCUGCCUGAACACGGCCCAUAGUUUAAAAAGCGUAUUUAAUAAGAAUUAAGCUCAUAUUUUUUUCCUUUAUGGACCAUCAAUGAUGGCAAGACAGUGUAACUUUCUGACAUUACUAUAUGUAUGUAACAAAUUAUAAACAACUGCAAACUCUUAGCUUUUAUGUGUCCAUGUCUCCAAUUGUCCUGUUGUCAGAUUUGCAGUUUGACACCAGUUCCACCUGAAUGUCUGCCUCCAUUUAAUCUCUAGCGCUGCUCUUGUUUUAUCCCCAAAAGUGUUUUAAAAACUAAUUUAAUGUUACUCCACGUGCGUGGUGUAUGUUAACCUUAUGCCGUAUACCGUAAUGAGACAUAUUAUGGAUGGAUGUAUCAUAUUUUUAUGCUGGAUUCAAAUAGCAAUAAAAUAUUUUCGAAAAAUAUUUAAAAAAGAACGGACCUGUGUGCUUUGGU